AUGUCGAAGACAACCAAACCGGAAGUGCUUCAUAGAAAUCUAGAAAAAGCCAUUCAACAGAACAACGUAGAAAAGAUUUUAAAUCUUAUUCGGAACGAAAAUGUGCACGUGAACUCUCGAGAUGUUGGUCAUGACUUGUUAACAGUUUUAAUGAAGGUUUGCUAUUUGGAAAUCCCCGAUUGUGAUAUCGUUAACAUCAUAAACGAAAUUCUCGAACGUGAGCCGGAUGUGAAUAUGCAAGAUUCCUUAGGAAGGACUGCGAUAAUGCAUGCGUGCAUUUCCGGGAAAAGUGACGUUGUGGAUUGUCUAAUAAAUGAUCCGGAUAGCCGGAUUGAUAUUUUUGAUUUUGAUGGAAAUUCUGCCCUAAUGUACGCUGUAAAAACCGGAAGUUUACCUAUCAUAAAAAGGAUUAUGGAUCAUCCUGGGGGCAUCGCGCUACUAGAUAUAUAUGAUACCAAUGUUGACUCCUAG